AAGAAAAACAAAUUAUCGUUUAUGAAAGAGCAGAUAACGGGCUAUCUUCCCAUGUAUUUAUCUCAGUUUUGACCAUUCCAACGAAAACUGACAUUUUAUGAGGGGAGGGGAGGGGCCUUAAGUAUUCUUCAUUGAAUAUCUGUAGGAUAUAAAAACUGCUUAAAAAAAAGAAGCUGUUCGUGUAAUCUAAUGUGAAUUUAUUUAUUUUCUUCAGAAAUGCAACAAGGAAGUAGUUCAUAUAGAUGUUAUUGACAUAUUUUUCAGACAACUAGAUUUCGUCGGACAUCAAAUUUUUAUCCCUACAAUUCUUUUAGAUGGUCAGCCAAUAUCAAUUCAACCGGCACAAACACAAACAUAUCUUUCUCCAUUUGCACUUGAUCAAGCACAAUUACAAGCAUUACUUACACAAGCUGGUAUUGAUCCAAAUACACCAUUAACUAUUGAACAAAUUGAUCCUAAUCAACAACAACAAGUUGCUACUUUAUGUACAUCACCUGGUGGUACACAAUAUACUGUUCUUACACAAGGACCUGCCCAACAACAACAAUUUAUUUUACAAUCAGCACUAACUAAUGAACCACCUCCUCCACCACCGCCACAACCAAUAGCACCAAAAGAAGAUCCUUCUUCACCACCAAAACGUCGAGCAUUUGCAGUUAAAUCAACAAUACCAACAACAGAAACAUUCGAUGAUAUGAAUAUGAAUGAAAGACCAAGACGUAAAAUAUUUGCAACAAAAUCAACUGUAACACCAAUUGAACAGAUGGAUGAUGAAGGUAUUACUGGUACUCGAGCAUAUCAUCGAAAAUAA